UUAUCAGUGGAAACUUCUGAAGGGAGCUGUGUUGUGUAAACAGCCAGCUUUCUUCAAACCUCCGAUCGAUUUCGGAAGCAAAAAUUUAGAUUUCUCCAAUUUUCACCUGAAAAUCAAUUCAAAAUGAAUAAAGGUAAAAUCACGUUUGGAAAAAUACAGCUGAAAACAUCCCCCGCUACUGAAAAUGCCGCCCCUGCAACAGCAUCCGGUGGUGGUUUCGGAUCUUUCAGUCGCAUGGAAGCACCCCCGGAACCGGGGCCAUCUGGAACCGCUAAGCACUCAGACGUAGACAAGAUAGCGACCGAUCUCGAGAACAGCCGAAUGCAGGAACUGAUGGGAAUCAGCGGGUUCGGACGGAAGGCCAAACAGUUCGAUAUAAAUGAGAUGAUCCAAAAGGCCAGGCAGAAUGCCCCGAAAGCGGAGGACGAUCCGGAGGCCAUUCGGGUCGAGGAACCUGAUGGUGGAGGGGGAGAUGGUUCCUCGGAUGGAGACAGCGAUGAGGAGGUGAUUGGACCCUUGCCGGCGAUUACUCAGGAGGGAACCGGCGAUGGAAAAGUCAGGAAGAAAGACCCCAGGGAAAGUGACGAUAGCGACGAGGAUGAAGACGACGAUGAUUUCGAUGAGGACGCUCCGAUAAAUAAGAUUCCCAACUCGCACGAGGUGGAAAUGCGACAUGGCUCCAAAGCGGUCAUUUCGCUGGCGGCAGAUCCUUCCGGGGUCAGGUUGGCGUCCGGUUCUGUGGAUUACAAUCUGAACUUUUGGGACUUCUCUGGAAUGGACAAGUCGAUGAAGAGUUUCAGGAGUCUGCAGCCCUGCGAGAAUCAUCCAAUUCGGGAUUUGCACUAUUCCACCACAGGGGACAUGAUUCUGGUGGUUUCCGGAAGUUCACAAGCAAAGGUUUUGGACCGGGAUGGGUUUGAAAAGAUGGAAUGCGUGAAGGGCGAUCAGUACAUCACGGAUAUGACGAGGACAAAGGGUCACGUCGCUGGAUUGACCGGAGGCUGUUGGAAUUUUGUGAAGAAGGACGAAUUUCUGACGAGUGCGAUGGAUUCCACUCUGAGGACGUGGGUUUUUGCCAAAUCCAAGGAACAGAAGAACGUGAUCAAAACACGAGCUCAAGGAGGGCUGAAGACGGUUCCAACAGCUUGUACGUAUAAUCGGGAUGGGACCCUGAUUGCAGCCGGAUGUAGCGACGGGUCGAUUCAAACCUGGGACACCCGGAAGAUGUUUGUGAAUACGACACAUUGCGUGAGGGACGCUCAUGCCAAAGGAAGUGACAUCUCUUCAAUCCUAUUUUCGUACGCGGGACAGGUUCUGGCUACCAGGUCAACCGAUGAAACCCUGAAACUAUGGGAUUUGCGAGCAUUUAAAAAACCCUUACACGAAUUCGGAAACCUUUUCUCGCGGUAUGAGACGACGGAUUGUUGUUUCAGCCCGGAUGACACCAUGGUUCUGACGGGAGAAUCUUUGCCCAAAGGACAGAAGCAAGCCAAUCUGUAUUUCUUCGACACUAAAACUUUCGAAACGGUGGCCACAAUUCCGAUCACAGAUUCACACGUCAUCCGAACCCAUUGGCAUCCGAAGUUGAAUCAGGUGUUCGUCGGAUGCGGAAAUGGAAUCAUCCGAGGUUUGUACGAUGAGAAGCGCAGCAUGAGGGGAGCCAAGCUGUGCGUCGUUCGAACCUAUCGCAAGAAGAAGGACAUGGAAAUGAUCGGAACCAGUCAGGUCAUAACUCCACACGCUCUGCCAAUGUUCCGACAAGAAAAAUCCCGUUCACACCGCAAAAAGCUUGAAAAGGAUCGAAUGGAUCCUGUCAAAUCCCGGCGACCAGACUUGCCCAUCACCAGCGGCCAAGGAGGACGAGUGGCCAGUUCCGGAGGCACACUUUCCUCCUACGUCAUACGAAACCUUGGGCUUAGCAAACGAGUGGAAGACGACCAGGAUCCGCGUGAGGCCAUUCUAAAGUACGCCAAAGAAGCGGCCGAAAAUCCCUACUGGAUCUCUCCAGCGUACAACAAGACUCAGCCGAAGCCCAUUUUCAACACGGAAGACGAACCGGACAGCAAGAAGCCGAAAACUGAGUAAUCGUAAUGAUUCAAUAAAAGUUAUAAAUCUCACCUCA